AUGAUUAUAGUCGGAACUGGUGCUGUCGGUAAAAGUGCCAUUACUAUUCAAUUUACACAAAAUAUAUUUGACAGGCAAGAAACUUAUGAUCCAACAAUUGAAGAUGCCUAUUAUUGUAAGAGAAUGAUUGAUGGAGUUGGUGUUGAAUUAGAAAUUGUUGAUACUGCAGGUCAAGAUGAUUAUAUUGCUUUAAGAGAUACUUGGAUGAAGAGCUGUUAUGGAUUUAUUCUUGUUUUUGAUUUGACAUCUUACAGAACUUUGGAAGAAUUGAAAAUAUUUGUAGAGCAAAUUAAGAGAACUAAACUAGACGAAAACAAACCACUUUCUAAUGGAAACAUUUUCCCAGGUAUUAUUUUAGGUAACAAGUGUGAUUUAAACUUUGAAUUAAGUGAAAAGGAUGUUGCAUCCUUUAUGAAACAAGAACUUGAUAUUCAAGUUCCAAUUCUCUUCACUUCUGCCAAGACCAGAGUCAACAUCGAUGAAGCAUUCGAAACAGUAAUAAGAGAAAUGAGAAAU